UCAAAACUUGCGCUAAGAUCAGACGACCGAAAGAGAAAUAAAAGUUGGAUCGGAGACCUUAAUCUUCAUAUAACAGUGCACUUUCCCGUUUCGUUAACUGGAAAUUUGGGAUGGAUUUCUAAGCAGAUUCUAGUGUUUGAUGAGGCCAUGCUCCAUGCUAGCAGUUUUACUCUUACAAAGGCUUUGGAAUUUGAGAGAGUAGGAGCGCGCCAGCUUUUAAAAUUUGGCUUGAAUUUGAAGUUUACUGUGAAGAACUCAAUCAGACAAGUUCACAUGGAAAGUAGUAGCAGCAGCAGAAUUUCAAGGGGUGCUUUGAUUGUCUUUGAAGGGCUAGAUCGUUGUGGGAAGACAUCACAGUCUAGUAGAUUAGUUAAGUACUUGGAUAACCUUGGGCAUUCCAUUCAAUCAUGGAGAUUUCCUGAUAGAAAUACUGGAAUUGGGCAAAUGAUAUCUUCUUAUCUUGCCAACAAGUCACAUUUGGAUGAUCGUGCUAUCCAUCUCCUUUUCAGUGCCAACCGCUGGGAGAAGAGGUCAUUAAUGGAAGAAACUCUGAAGAGUGGGACCACUAUUAUUGUAGACCGUUAUUCUUAUUCUGGGGUAGCAUUUUCUUCUGCCAAGGGACUUGAUAUUCAAUGGUGUAAGGCUCCUGAUAUAGGAUUGCUUGCUCCAGAUCUGGUAUUGUACCUUGACAUUUCACCCGAGAGAGCUGCUGAAAGAGGAGGUUACGGUGGUGAGAGGUAUGAGCAGUUGGAGUUUCAGAAAAAGGUUGCCCUCUCUUACCAGGCCCUUCAGGAUUCAUCAUGGAAGAUAAUAGAUGCAACCCUUCCUAUGGAAGACAUUGAAGAAAAGCUGAGAGAAACUGUGGUGGAGUGCAUGAUAAAGUGCCAAGAUGGAAAACCCUUGUCGCUGCUAUGGUCGAGCUAAGUUUAUGCCCUUUGUUGAGACGAUGCGAACUUCAAUUAUGUGUUUAAUUUACCCCUACAUUUUCUCUUAUGCUCUUCUUGGCAAUGUAAUCUAUAAUCAAUUAAUCAUUAUGUAGUCUUCAGGGACAUUAAUAAUCCAAGGUUUGUUGUAUGCUGGUCUGGGCUACCAAUCUUUGCACUUUGUUGUUUUACUGUUGUUACAUUGGAUACUCCGAUCUGUUACUCGCUAUCAUAUUGUGUUAUAGCUGUUGCUUGUCC